AUGGCUUCUUGUACUCCUGCAAGAAAAAAGCAAGCAAGAUUUUCUGUGGCUGAUGAUAUUAAACUGCUGAAGGAGGUCACAUUAGAAAAUCCAUUCCAGAAUAAAAGGAAGUGGAUAGAGAUAGGCGAAAAACUCUCAACAACAACCUUCUUAGUAGAUGGGAGACGGGCUAGAGAGAGGACAAACUUGUUAAUUGCUCAAUUCAAAAAAGGUAAUCAGGAAAACUUGAAAAAAUCAAGUAUAAAUGAGGAAUAUAGCGAACGAGAAAAUUUACUGGAGGAGGUGAUAGGGUUGAUGGAGGAAAAAGAGAGGAAAAAGGAUGCAGAUAAAGAAAAAACAGCUUCCCUUGACAUUAGAAAAAGGGCAUCAGAAACCCUGACAACCACAAAAGAAAAGAAAGAAGCAGAGAUAGAAAUAAGGAAAGAGGAGAUGGAAAUGAAGAAACAACAACUACAGUUUGAGAGGGAGAAAUUUGAGAUGGAGAAAAACGAGAGGAGACAGAGAAUGGAUAUUCAAAGACAGGAAAAGAUGAUGAUUUUUUAA